AUGCAACUCAACCUUAAUCUUUCGCAAUAUCUAGAACUUAUUGGCUCGUCGUUAUCAUUGCUUUUCAAUUUAGUACUGCUCGUUAUUAUCAUUAAAUUUUCUAGACCCGAAUAUGGUUCUUAUAAACUUUUAAUGAUGGUCAUGGCAACCCUUUAUGCAAUUUAUUCAGCUAUAGAAGUUAUUAUCUUACCGAGCUACCUGGUUUUCGAGUAUAAUUAUUUAUUAUAUACCACUCAGUUUGUGGAAUAUCAGCUAUUAUCUCAAAUUUUGAUUGUCACGUUUUGCUCAAUUUUCGCUUGCAUGCAAGUCGUAUUAUCUACUCAAUUUAUAUAUCGUUACCUUUCAGUUGCCAGUUUUCAUUUCCUCCGGGAACGCUAUUUCAAAGGAAAACGACAUGUUGUUUGGAUAAGUUUAACUUCGAUAUUCUUCACAAAUUGGUUCCUUGUUGCCUGGUUUGUCUACGGAAAUCACGGGGUUUACCCAAAAGAGUUAGAAGAAGAGAUGUUUGAAAAAUUUGAUAGAAAUAUCAGCCAGAUGGCAUUCACCUUGGUGUCGUAUGCAAAGCAAGGAGAAAAUGGAAAAGUGUUGCCAAAUUAUUUGAACAUUGCAAUGAUAGUUUAUUUGCUAGCAUGUGCGAUGAUUCCAAUGAAUAUUUCACUUUCUUGUGGUAUUAAAACAUGGCUUAAAAUUCGUAGCACAAUAAACAUGGCUCAAAAAUCACGGCAUUUGCAAAAACAGGAACGCCAGCUGUUUUUCGCUUUACUUAUCCAGUUUACAAUUCCAUUUAUUGGCAACACUGUGCCAAUGUUGAUAUUAUUCUUCUGUCCAGCACUUCAUAUUUCAACAGAACCCUAUACAAAUUAUAUUUGCAUGCCCGUCCCGUUUUACCCAAUUUUCGACGCCCUAGCAACAACUUUUGUAAUUAAAGACUAUUACAGGGGAAUAAUGAGAAUUUUCGGAUUGUCCAGAUACAUUAAAGAAAGUUCCACAGCAACCGGUAUCCGUGUUCCCGCCAACACGUUAGGAGAGCAAUCGAGUGUAUCAAUUAAUUUGAGGCAGAUCAAUACGAUUAGAGUCGACAACUGGUGA